AUGGCCGAUACUCUCUACUACACCCCGGCCGACCUCCAUGCUUACCGGCUGCGUGAGGAGAGGAGGAAGAGGCUGGAGGCGAGCCAGGCGCCUCCCCCAACCCAAACAGGAGAGGCCAUCCAGCCGAUCGACCGUCUGGUGGCUGACGGCAGCUGCGCCCGCUGCCCGACGGACUUUUCUGUGCGCGCCAGCGACGCGGGCCUCGAAAUCACCGUGUGGCAAGACUUUGGGCCCGAGGCGCCGGUGACGGACAUGUGGUGGCAGAGCCACAUCCCAGGCCCCGUGCUGCAGAGCGAGGCCGCGCGCGGCGAGGCACAGCCCGUGGCGCCCAACACGUGGCAGUCGGGGCCCACGAUCGAGCACGACCCCGGUUCUGUGCGUGUGAUGUUCGAGACGGGCGACGCAGUGGAUGGGUUGUGGGGAGAGCGGCGAACGGAGGGUACAGACGAGGCGGGUGGUGAUGGUACGAUUGCAAGGCAGACGGAGUUUGGUAGUCUGUGA